ACAGUACACACAUACAUCACGCAACAUGUACGAGUCAUUUGUUUAAGCGGACGAUUUAAAACGCGUCCCAAUGCUGAUACAGAAAAAUUGAAUUUAAUGGCUUUUCAGAAGUAUAUAGAAGCAAAUGUUGACAGUUUAUUUAACUACGCAAAUUUCGUUGAUGUGGGAAUGAAGGCUGAUUUUCGGUUGCUUAAAAGCUAGAACUGAAGAAAGUUCUGCAAUGUUUUAUGAAGAUAUUCAUUUGGAACCAACACUACUUUCAUUAGUUUUUGGUCUUAUUUCUAUUAUAGUGACUGUUGUGGUUUUAUGCUGGAGGAAAUAUGUUAAAAAAAAGAAGCCGGAAUUUAAUUAUGACUUGGAACCUUGUGAACCUCAUAUAGAUCUGAUGCAUAUUCAUCUGUCAGCUAUGAGAAGCUUCCAACGACAAGCUGCAGAACAGUGUUUUAUGUUGCUCCAAAAGCACCCUGAAGCUGUGAACCAUGCCUUGCCUCCAUUCUAUUAUACACCCUUCUUGCGGGCUUGUAAUGCUGGGUGUUUUGAGCUUGUCAAGUUUAUGCUGACCAUUGGAGCGGAUAUCAGAUGCUGCACAUCUGAGUGUGAUUCACCCAUGUAUCUGGCAGUGUAUGGUUUGUCCAAGAAACGCGGUGUUUGGGAUCCAAGCAUUCUUAACUUGCUGUACAAGCAUGGAUGCUCUGUUAAUUGUGUGAAACAACAUGGAUACACUCCACUCCAUGUUGCGGCACGAGCUGGACAUGUCAACCUUACAAGAUGGCUUUUGGUGCAUGGUGCUGACCCUGAAAGAAAAACUGAGAGAGGGCACAGGCCUUUGGAUUUUGCUAAAUUGCAAGGUCAUCGUGAAGUGAUGGCACUACUUACUGUUAACACAGAGGAGCCACAAUGCCAAGACUGGUUCUGCACUCCGACUUGUAAAUGUGAUUGUCAUGUGACAUAGAAGACUGGACAUGAACACAGAUGUAAAAAGAAAUUUACACAUUAUUUCAACUAAAUCACAGUAAAGGGAUAAAAGGAAUGUGCUCAGUUUAUUUCACUAGCAUCAUAUAAAAGAAAAUUAUAUACACUGGUAAUGAGUGAGUUUAUUAAUAAUGUUUAGGAAUUCUUCCAUUCUCAGAAAAUUUGUUGGUGUUUUACAUGGUGUGAUAAAUGUUUUAGCAAUUUAAAAUGUUAAGUAUCUUUUUCUCAUUUAUGUAAAUGCAUUGCUCACUAUUGGUAUUCUAAAUUAAAGAACAAUAAUUUUUGAAAAGUGACAUCAUGAUGAAUCUGCCAUUUAUCAUUGUAAGUCGUACUCUCACAUUUGAGAAAAAUUACACUUUCUUUGAUUAAAAAAAAUACAAAAUACAGAAAUUGUGGCAGUAGUAGCCAUAAAAUAGCAUAUAAUCCAAACAUGUAUUUUUAGGUUUCAGGUAUUGACCACAGUUGUGAAUAUGUAUAUUUUAACCUAAAAAUAAUUAUUUUACAUUUAUUUUUCUAAAGGGUGAUGUUUCUUGAAGACACAGUGAGCAGGAAUUUCCAUACAAUUUCUGUUGGAAAUCUAUAUCAAAUUAUUUUUAUUAAAAUUGCUGUUAAUGUGAUUCAAGAUUUGUAACAAUUACAAACUGCAAAACUAAGUACGUGAUUGUUAUCCUUCAACUCUCUGUUUUGUCUCUUCAUGUGAAAAGCAGACAUCCACAUGCAUCUUAUAGUUAUUAACUGAACUAGUUUAGUGCAUUUCUUAAUUUAAUACUAGGGUUCUAAAACACAAAUAAAAAGAGAGGACGAAAACUAUGAGCACUAACUGAAAACUUUGAAAUGUCAGAAGAUAACUCACUCUAAAUUUCAAUUGAAGAAAUUAUGCAAGGUACAGAGCAAGAAUAUAUUGCAUACUUUGAAAUACAGUCAAGGGUGAACCUGCUGAAGGACAUAUCUUAUCAAGAAAAUAUUCAGUCUGCUGCUCGAAUUGUAAAGUAAAGAACGGUAGGACAGGAGUGAUAAGUGAAAGAAAAGUCAACAUUUUAAUAUAAGUAAUUUAUGAAUGCUGUGACAGUAUCAUCUGACACUGAAGUCAUGUGUGAAAUGCGAAACCAAGAAGUAGUAAAUAUAUCUGAGGUGGUCUAACAUGGGUGGGCAUUGGAAGAAAGUGGGAUGACGGGUUGGAGAGGCGUAACUGGUAGCUCAGAGGAAGGCAGCAUGUGUGUGGGAUAGGAACAUCACUAAUUGUGAUUACUAUCUGAUGUUGCAGUAGCAUAGCAUGAGAUGGGGAAAACCUGAAUCGUAUCCUAAAGAAAUCACCAAACAAAGGAAACUGCAGGUAGGAAUAUCAAGAAAGUAGGAAAAGAUAGAUGGCUACGUACCAUAAAGAAGAAAAGUCAACUCACAGACAGGCAUGAUUAUAAGACACUCAGAUGUAGCUUUCGGCCACAGCCUUCGCACACAUGACCACCAACUCCAGCAUCCCAUUCUACCAAGCAGAACUUUUAACUUACCACAUCCUCCGUAACUUCCUACCAACCCUCCACCAAAUCGAGAGCCAAAACAUUCCCGUAUCAUUGUUGUUAACCUUUCCGCCAAAACCCUCAGCUCCAAAGAAUUUUCAGUCCUAUCCAAACACUCAUCUUUAGCCCUACACCAAGAUUUAACCAAGUUGGACUUGUCAAAGACCUACCCUCCUUCUCCUGAUCCCUGCAAAGGACACACUUCUUUGUUGUCAAUACCUUCAACCAAAACCAGCCUAAUUCCAACAAUCAAACCUGCCUCUUUCAGUUUGUACCACUGUCCCACCAUGAACCCCCCUCCCCCCUAACCAUCUUCUGGUCACCUUCCAGGAAUUCCUUACCUCCAACUUAGCCUCACCAUCUUUCCCCAGAUCCCUUUCUCAGAACACUAACCUUUCAGCAGAAGACAGAAUGGUCAUACACAACCUCAAAACAAAUCCCAAAUCCUGACCUAAUCAUCCUACCUACAGACAAAGAUUCCACCACUGUUGUGAUGAAUCACAAUGACUACCUGCCAGAAGGCCUCUGCGAAUUGUCUGUCUCCUUCACCUAUAAACUUUGCCAGAGUUAUUCCAUACCAUAAAUCCACCACAAACUCCAAUCCCUGCUUAAGGCCUUAGGCCCUUCCUGAAACAUCUCCCCUGAAUCCAUUUCCCUCCUCACCUCUAUGACACCCAUCUUCUACAUGCCCUCCAAAAUCCAUAAACCCAAAAAUCCUGUAUGCCCCAUUGUGGCUGGUUAUUGCGCUCCCACUGACAGAGUUUUGGCACUCAUUGACAAACACCUCCAACCAAUUGCCCAUAAUCUAGUGUCCCAUGUCAAAGAUACCAACCACUUCCUUCAUCUAUUCUCCACUAUCUGCACCCUUUACCUCCUGAAUCCCUGCUUGUCACUGUUGACACCAAAAUAGGGGUAUUCCAGCCCGAGAUGCUGGAGAUGUGUGUGUGGAGUCGUGUGUGUGAGAUGUGCUUGCUUGUUUGUUUGUUUGUGUGUGUGUGUGUGGGGGGGGGGGGGGGGGGGGUACGCACUCAACUUGACUUGUCCUCUUUAUGAUAAGCAGCAUCUAUGUUUACCUACAUUAUUAAAGAAAUCAUUCACACACCAAACCCAUGACAGCACACUUUUCAGUUAUUCAGUUGAAAAAUAUUGUAUGACUCACAUGGAGACAUUAACUAUCAACAAGACAAGCAACCUACAAGUGAGAUUUCUAUGAUAGUUGAUAUGCAGAUCAGUGUGUUGCCUGUGCUGUUCUAAAUGGACAGGUAGACUGUUAGCCAUGGAUAAGCACUUUAAAGAAAAAUUCAAAUCUGUAAAUAUGCUCUUCCUGCCAGAGAAAAUGUUUUCUCCAAUGGCUUUGUUCUAUAAAUUGUAUUAAUAACAAGGACUGCUCUUUUAGGAGGAGAGUAACAGUUAAUGAAACCACACAUUAAGAAUAAGGUAAUGGAAGAUACUUAUAAUUAUUUGCAAUAACGUCAUGGUAUUUGCAGCAAUGUGAUAGAUGACAGCAGAAUCAUUUAGUUAAUUAUGCAAGAAGUCAGUAGAAUGUAGUUUCUAUCAAAUAACUUUAUUAGUAUUGUGAUAUGAGAAUGAGAAAAAAACAUUGAAGUAGCACAAUAUUUAACCACAAGUUUAUUAAAGCAAAAUGGAUUCAUAGGAAAACAUUUCUGGUGCACAAUGAGAAGAGUUUUUCCUGGAAAAAGUGCACAACUGAAUUCAAAAAUUCUGUCAUGCCUAUUCAAAGAAAUUAUUUAAUGAGAUUUUAAUGGUGGCUUCUUUUUAGAGUCAAUGAUUUAGUAGGACUGAUUUGGGAAGUUUGUAAAGGAUGUUAUCAUGGUUUAAUUGGUUUCAUGUUUCACAUCUGGUUCAGUUCUUGUGAUGAAUGAUACCAGUUUUAUUACAACCGUUCUGCUGAUUUCGUAAGGAUGGAGGGGAUUCAGUAAAUAUGAUGGGUGAUUAGACAUUUGCACAUAAUUUCUAUGACAAGGAAAAAUGGACUUCAGUAUACAGGAAAAAUCUAUCUUCACCAUUAGACAAGAAUCUAUCCCUGGUCCCAGAAGGUAGUGUUUUGAGUAUAGAGUCUGGAUACACAGAGCUACAUUAAUUGGUACAGUGAUUCAAGAUGUAUUGUCACCUUUUGAAAUAAAAAUUCAUGUUAAAGUGACCAUCACAGGAAAAGACUGCCACAUCUUUACGACACAGAAAGAAUCCACUUCAUUUCACACCUCUGAUUCUGCAUUAUUCAUUUUAAAUACAUUCUGUUGUCUGUUGUUAUGGAUCUGACCAUGACAAUGAAAAGAAUAGCCCACCCAAAAGUUAAUACAACACAGGGACUUCUGUACAAUGAUUAGUGGGAUGAUGAUAUGUUUUUGGGGUAACUGAAGUAAUGCAUGGCAGGAUAUAUGUUGAAUUCUCACAAAUUCAAUGCACUUGUGUACUAAACCACAAUUUACUGUAACUGACUCAUUCUGUAUCCACGUAUCUGUUCACAUAUAGACCUGAGGCACUGAAAAUAAAUAAUUAAUCCAAGUGUUUGUGUUAAGUGUAAUGAAAUGUAAAUUUUGUUUUUCCUUAUAACCAGUUCAGAGCUAUUCACUCAUUUACUAAUAAACAAAUUCAAUUUCUAUGAAAUGCUUGCUCAUGACAUGCAAAGUGUAACACAGUGUCAUGAUAAGAGAAGGUAAUAUGGAACACAAUAUAUCAACAACCUUCAGCUUUUUAGCAGAAGCUUAUCACCAAGAAUGAGUACCUUACACGAAGAAUGAGUCUGAAUUUGUAUUGAGUGUGAGGUUUCUUUAAAAAGUUCUACCAGGAAAUAAGUUAAAAAUUCUAUCAACAUGAAGGUUAUUCAAACUUCCAUUGUGAAAACAAUAUUUGUUAUUACUUUUCUAUUAUCAUGGCCAGUAAGAUGAUUUUCAGUUGCUCUUGAACCACGAUGAUUCUGGGGUUCACAUUGUAACAUUACAUCUGUUACCUUUAUUCCUUGCUAUGUCUCAUGCAUCAGUUUGACUUGGUUCGACAAUGGAAUUGCUGUAUAACAGUGCAGAAAUGGAAUUAUUCAAAGUGUUGAAAUGUGGUAACUUAUCUUUAUUCAUAUCUACACCAAAUGGUUUCUUCCUUACUCUGCACACAAUAAAAUAAUUGCAUCAUAUUAUUGCAAUGAAGUUAUAUAAAAGUGCAGGCUGAAAUUUAACAAAGUGUGAAAUUCAGAACUAAUUGAGCCAAAGACAUCUCCAUUAUCUACCUUGCUAGUAAACCCACAUCAUCAAACCCUGCUCUCAUUUAAGCACCAAGUGCCAAUUGUGCCUUCAAGCUCUUCUCAAGUGGACUCACAAGAAUGCAGUAAAUAUAUAAAUGGUUUGCUCACCAUUAAACAGUAUUCAAUUAAAAAUUACUUAAAUAAUUUCCAGGAACAUGAUGAUGUUAACAUGAAUAUAACUACAACAUACAAGGGGCUUUCAAUAAGUAAUGGCCAAUUUUGGUUGAAAAAAGGAAGAAUUUUUACAGGACAUCAUGGAAUAUUCUUACUUCAGCCCCUGUAGUUUCAUGUGAAGUUUCAACAGUUCAUGGUGUUACAUUUUGCCAUCAAAAUGGGGUCUGUAAUGGGGCUGCAUUUCAAGCAGAUAGCUAUCUUUUGGCAGAAAACCAGAGUACUGCACAUAAUCAUAGGCUCUUGCAAAAUGUCUACAGAGACUUGGCAGUGAUGCAUCUGUGAACAUCACAACAUGCUCGCACAAAUCUGUCCAGUUUCCUGUAUGCCAGCUGGCUGUGCACAGCUGUAACUUCUGCAAUAUUAGAACACACAGACACACACAUUCAAGGUGACUGAUCGCUGACAAACAAACAUCUUGCUGCUAAUCUAGAUGGCUGUACUGGUAGUAAUGACACACUUGUCCACCAGUUGCAGUACUCAAAGGUGUAUGCCCGUUGGGUUACCUGACACCUAACAGAAGACAAUAAAGAGCAAUGAAGGACCAUCUGAGUGGAAGCACGUAUACAUUAUGAGGCAGAUCAUGACAAUUUUUUGUCAAACAUCAUCAUGGGCAAUGAAACAUAGGUUCAUCACUUCAUACUGGAUUGGCACCACACCAUCUCUCCUCCAAAGAAAAAGUUCAAAGCCAUGUCCUUGUCAUGCCGGGGGCAGGGGGAGGGGCGGGGGGAGGGUGUGGCAGGUUUGAUUCCCAGCUGGGUUGGAGAUUUUCUCCACUCAGGGACUGGGUGAUUGUGUCGUCUUCAUCUUCAUCAUCAUCAUCAUCAUCAUCAUUUCAACCUCAUUGAUGUGCAAGUCGCUGAAGUGGCAUCACCUCAAAAGACUCACACCAGGCGAUCGGGCCUACCCACUGGAAGGCCCUCAUCAAACGACAUUUCAUUUUAACUGGUAAAGUCAUGACAAUGGUCUUCUGGGACUUUGAAAGGGAUAUUCUGUUUCAUGUCCUCGAUCACGGUGCAAUGAUCAGCUCUGAAGUGUGUUGUGCUACCCUCUAGAAAUUGAAGAACAAUCUUCACCAUGUUCUUCACAACAAAAAUGCAGACAGACUUCUCCUUCUCUAUGUCUACAAAACAUCUCACAAAAGUCUGUGCGCCUGAGAGGAUCUUACAAAAUUUCAUUGGGCUGUUCUUCCUUGUCCACCCCACCGUCUGCUCUCACUUUCUGACUUCCAUAUGUUUGACUCAAUGAAGGAUGCACUCCACAAGAAGCAAUGUGCAGAUGAUGAUGAUGAUGAUGAUGAUGUGGACUCUGACAUUGACCAGUUGAGUGGUACCAUGUGAGCCUAAAGGCCCUCCCAGUAAGGUGGCAUAAGGCUAUUGCAUCGAAUGGAGAUAAUGUUGAAAAAUAGGGUUUUGUAAUGAAAAGCAUGGGGAAUAAUAUGGUGUAUUGGAAUCCUGAAUAAAUCCAACCUGCAUUCAGAAAAAAAAGUGUUACAUUACUUAUUGAAUACACCUUGUACAGAAACAGACAUACAGGGUGUCCAUAAAACAAUGUCCCAGUUAUAACCUUUAAUAGUAUCAAUUGUGAGCACUAUAGGCUGUUGGUUCAAUGUCAUGGUUAAAGCGUGACUUAGACAGUUUUAGAGAAGUGCAUGCAUGACUAUUGCUUUUUUCGCCUCUCUUGCAGUGCCACAUAUGCAAAAUGACAGCUCCUGAGCCUAAAGCACUUUACAUUGUGCAGUUUGCUAAGAGUGAAUCUGUGUGCACAUGAAAAGGGAAAAGCAUGGGACAAGCAAAUGUGUCUGGGGAGGAUAUUGACAGGGUCAGAGCAUCUUACCUUCAUAGGCUUAUGAAGCCUAUUUCGAAAGAAUGUCUUGAACUUCAGUUGCCAAAGAUGACUGUGGCAGGUUUUAAGAAAAGAUUUAAGCAUGUGUUCAUACUGGUUGUGGUUGAUAUAGGCUUUAAAGCCAAAUGACUAUGGUGUAUGUUAUAAUUUUGCAAGUAAAGUGUUGCAGUGAGAAGGUGACUUUGAACAUCAUGUAGUAUUUAGUGAUGAGGUAACUUUUUAUCUAUGUGGGACAGUAAAUAUCCAUAAUUUUCAUUAUCUGAGGGUCAGAAAAUCCUCAUGAACCUGUAGAGUAUCAAAGAGAUUCCUCAAAAUUAACUACUCUCUGUGCUGCCCCGCACCAAAAAUUGUAAGGAUCAUUUUUUUCUCACUGAAGCUACUAUGAUGGGUAGUGUAUUUGGUUCUAUUGCAAGAAUAGCUCUUUCUCCAAUUAGAAGGCAAACCUGAAAACUUUACUUGGCAAAAAGAUGGAGCUCUCCUGAUUGGCAUCUCUUUGUAAGAGACAGGUUGAAUGUCAAAAUAUGUGACUUUUGGAUUGGUUGUAAAGGUGAACAUAAAAGCACUCUUUUCCACUGGCCUCCAAGUUCAUCUAACCCAACAUCAUGUAGUUUUUUUCCUUGCGAUUUAUAAAAGAUUUUCUGCCACUGUCUAAUAAUUUACCAGAGUUGAGACACAGAGCUGAAGAGGCAACUGUUGCUGUUACUCGUACUUGGUAGCCAAAGUGUGGAAGAACUGGACUAUAGAUUGGAUGUGUGUCAUAUAACUAAAGGUGCACAUAUUGAACAGCUGUAAGAAAAACUAGGUUAGUUUAUCUUCAAUUUUGUAUAUGAUUUAUUGUUAAUAGUCUAAAUUAACUAGCAUAAUAUAGCAUUGAAAGUAGGACCUUUUAUGGACACACUGUUCAUCAACAGACAUCAGUGUAAUCACACAUAAACAUAUGGGUAAUGUCAAGUUCCUGGGCUUUCUUCACAUAUCACUGAACUAAAAUUAAUAAAUAGUGAUUAAAUAAUAUAAGUUUUGCUAACCUAUAGAGUGAUGGUGGAAAGUGUUAAUAUAUCCCAAAUACUUUCCAGUACUUGUACCUAAUAUCAUGAAAACAAAUUAAUUCUGUCAAGCUUAUCCUAUAAGUAUGUGGUAGACAAUGUAAAAGUCAUAAGUAGUAUAUGGUCAAGUUGGGGGCAAGAAGAGUAUG